GCUGGGGCCUGCUGCUGUGCGGAGGCUGCGGCGGCUCCCGGCCGGGGAGGGAGCUGCGUCCCCCGCCGGCAGCUGAUUAGAAUCAUCUCUGGGAAUCCACUUGAGUCUGCAUUGCCAAAGAUGAAUAGCUCAAUCAUAUUUAUGUGCGUGCAUUUGAGGAGAGAGAAGCUGCUGUGUUGGAUACGAUUGCACCAGCUUUGAAGUGUGCAGACCUGCCAACUGCUAUGGGUGACGCUAUUGUAGACGUAGCCCCUGGGACAGCGGUGGAUCAGUCAUCCAGCCCGGUGCUACAAGGAAAUGGAGGGACUCCUCUCAGUGUCAUCAGAGAAGGCGUUGGGGAGUUGGCGGUUAUCGACCCAGAGGUGGCAAAGAAAGCCUGCGAAGAGGUCCUGGAGAAGGUGAAGCUGAUGCAUGGGGUCUCCUCAGACAGUGUGGCUAAAUCAGAUGAUGUCAACGAAACGGAGAGUGCUCCACGGACCAACCUGGAACUAGUCAAUGGAGACGUCGGAGAUGGCUGUGAAAUCAAAUGCUUGGACGACCCACCUGGCACGGCUUCCAGGAUCCGGGAGGAGGAUGAGACCAUGGCCAACACAGUGAAAAGCGCCCGGAGGCGGCAGAAGAACAACUCGGCUAAGCAGUCCUGGCUGCUCAGGCUCUUUGAAUCCAAACUCUUUGAUAUUUCCAUGGCCAUUUCAUACUUGUACAAUUCAAAAGAGCCAGGGGUACAAGCUUAUAUUGGAAAUAGGUUGUUUUGCUUUAGGAAUGAGGAGGUGGACUUCUACCUGCCACAGCUUCUAAACAUGUACAUCCAUAUGGAUGAAGAUGUUGGCGAUGCUAUCAAACCCUACAUUGUGCACCGCUGUCGGCAAAGCAUCAACUUUUCCCUCCAGUGUGCUCUGCUCCUGGGGGCCUACUCCUCGGACAUGCACAUCUCAACUCAGCGACACUCCCGUGGGACCAAACUGCGGAAGCUCAUCCUUUCUGAUGAGUUGAAGCCGGCUCACAAAAAGAGGGAGCUGCCGUCUCUGAGCCCGGCGCCCGACAUGGGGUUGUCACCUUCCAAAAGGACUCACCAGAGGUCCAAGUCAGACGCCACAGCUAGCAUCAGCCUGAGCAGCAAUUUGAAACGGACCGCCAGCAAUCCCAAAGUUGAGAGCGAGGAUGAGGAAUUCUCAUCGAGUACGGAAAGUCUUGAUAAAUCAUUCUGUUCCCCUGUCAGACUUGCCCCAGAGAGAGAAUUCAUCAAAUCCCUGAUGGCCAUCGGGAAGAGACUAGCCACUUUGCCCACCAAAGAGCAGAAGACUCAGCGUCUUAUCUCGGAGCUGUCUUUACUUAACCAUAAGCUUCCAGCACGCAUCUGGCUUCCCACAGCUGGCUUUGACCAUCAUGUGGUGCGGGUGCCCCACACUCAGGCGGUGGUGCUCAACUCCAAGGACAAGGCUCCCUAUUUAAUCUACGUUGAAGUACUUGAAUGUGAAAAUUUUGACACCACUAAUGUGCCGGCUCGUAUCCCGGAGAACCGCAUCCGGAGCACGAGGUCUGUGGAGAACCUGCCAGAAUGUGGGAUCACUCAUGAGCAGAGGGCCAGCAGCUUCACCACUGUUCCCAACUAUGACAACGAUGAUGAAGCCUGGUCUGUGGAUGAUAUUGGGGAACUGCAGGUGGAGCUUCCAGAGAUGCACACCAACAGCUGUGACAAUAUUUCCCAGUUCUCUGUGGACAGCAUCACCAGCCAAGAGAGCAAGGAGCCAGUGUUCAUAGCAGCUGGCGAUAUUAGACGGCGCCUCUCAGAGCAGCUUGCGCACACCCCAACAGCUUUCAGGAGGGACCCUGAGGAUCCUUCUGCUGUUGCCCUGAAGGAGCCCUGGCAGGAGAAAGUCAGGCGGAUCAGGGAAGGCUCCCCUUAUGGCCAUCUUCCAAACUGGCGCCUCCUCUCAGUGAUUGUCAAAUGCGGAGAUGACCUCAGGCAAGAGUUACUAGCAUUCCAGGUCCUUAAACAACUGCAGUCUAUUUGGGAGCAGGAGCGCGUGCCCUUGUGGAUCAAGCCAUACAAGAUCCUUGUCAUCUCCGCAGACAGCGGCAUGAUCGAGCCGGUUGUCAACGCAGUGUCCAUCCACCAAGUCAAGAAACAAUCCCAGCUCUCACUGCUGGACUACUUCCUCCAGGAGCAUGGCAACUACACUACCGAAGCAUUUCUGACGGCCCAGAGGAACUUUGUUCAGAGCUGUGCUGGCUACUGCCUGGUGUGCUACUUGCUCCAGGUCAAAGACAGGCACAAUGGCAAUAUAUUGCUGGAUGCAGAUGGACACAUCAUCCAUAUAGAUUUUGGGUUCAUUCUCUCCAGCUCCCCCAGGAAUCUUGGCUUUGAGACAUCUGCCUUCAAGCUUACAACGGAGUUUGUUGAUGUCAUGGGUGGUCUGGAUGGUGAUAUGUUUAACUACUACAAGAUGCUGAUGCUGCAAGGCCUCAUCGCUGCCCGAAAGCACAUGGAUAAAGUUGUGCAGAUUGUGGAGAUAAUGCAGCAAGGUUCUCAGCUGCCCUGUUUCCAUGGCUCCAGUACCAUCCGCAACCUGAAGGAGCGUUUCCACAUGAACAUGACGGAGGAGCAGCUGCAGAUGCUCAUUGAACAGAUGGUGGAUGGCAGCAUGCGGUCGAUCACCACCAAACUCUAUGAUGGCUUCCAGUACCUCACCAAUGGCAUCAUGUGAUGGCUGCGCCCCUGCCACCAACUUGAGGAUGGCUUUUGUCAUAGCCACAGUGCCCAGCUGGAGACCUACCACCUGGCCGAGGGAAAAGGUCUUGCCCCCUCUGGUGAAGGGAGCCGAGUAGUAUCACCUCCUGUGUGCUGGGUUUAUCGGACUCUCAAACCACCACCAACAAAAAACAGUGUUGAGAGAAGUGAAAUCUACGCAUGAAAUUGACUAAAAUAAAAAGGAUCAUGUGGCAACCAUUGCGAUCACGUUUAAUGUGACCGCAGGGCCCAGGCGUUGGUGAGACAAAGCCAUCAGCGCUCUGUGGACAACAGAACCAUGUGUACAUCAGUUCCUCCAUCUUUAUUUCAGUAUUAUGCCUGUUGAUGUCCUGUGAACUCUUCCACGGUUUCAUAAAUGUUUAGGGCCUGGGGUGGAGGGGGCCAAAACCAUCCUUCUCCCUGAGUCUGGUAUUUGCCGAUAUUUUGAGCCUUCUGCUAGCACCACUUGAAUGCGGUUGCGGUGAAUCCCCAUCAGCCCCCAACCCUGCAUGUACCUGUACAGCAUUGUCAGCAUUAUUUGAGUCUCCUGAUGUUGGUUUGGCUUUUUUCACCCUUUGCACAUUUUAAUGUAAGUUUAAGUUGCAAGUUAGACAACAAACGUGUCUUGAGAUCAUAGGUCACUAGACACAACCCAUGUAGCACAGUCUUAACCUUCUGGAGCAUAGGGGUUAUUAGGACUUUGAUAUAUUUGUUUCCUUUCAUCCACAUCUCUCAUAGUCUGGCCAUGCAACCGCAUGCCCAUCUGUCUUUCUUUGGGCACCUUUUUGACUUUGUUCCACAAAUCUGGGGCUGUGAAGCUUUCCCCUGCAAUAAUAUCAGACCGAAUGCUUCAUGGAUUUGUGCCACACUGAAUGUCUUGUCCUUGGCUGACGAUCCCUGAACUCGCAAAGCCAUGAACUCAGCAGCAGGGCUGCACUUCGCUUUGUGUGUGGUAUCCACAGAGGGGUUACAUUUCCGUGGAUGAUGAGUUUUUACAUCUAUCUGGAUCGGACCUCUUAAAUGCAGAAUGUUCCCCUGGAGGUUAUAACCUGGCCCACCCCUCCUCGGUGGGGUAUUUUGCCAUGAGCCAAGUUUCAUGGCUCCCAGCGAGUGAGGCAAAAUGUUGCUAGUUCUCUCCCUAGGGUAACUGAAGGCCAGAUAGGCUUAUUAUCCAUCUUACCUUGCUAGCAUACCUAGCUAGAGUUCAGGAGACUGGUUGCUCUUUAGUUUUGCGGCAAGCAGGGCAUCGCUAGUGCCUUUUUUCAGUUUUAAGUAAAGAAGUGAUCGUGCUAAUUUUUCAUCCCCAGAAACAGGUCAAAAGCAGAUGCUGACAAGCACAAAGUUAUUGCAAAGAACCAGUAGAGUGCAGCUGUGAAGUCGUAAGUCCUGGCUGUUUGGCAUAUAGAUCCAGGGCAUGGACAUAACUCUAUGCUGGGCUGAUUUCAUUUUUAAAACUCCCUUUCUGCUACUGUCCAGCUGAGAGCAUCUGUACUUUAUAAAGAGCAACAAGGUAUGAUUUGUUGAAACUUCUCUGUAUUGAUAUAGCUCUAUUCAGACACAAGUCCCCUCCCUUGUCCUGUCUCCCCUCGGUGUAUUCACCUUCCUGCAGCUGCUGAUCAGAUGGUGGAAUCCCCGACUACCUGAGUGUGUGUGAUUUGUUACCUCAGUCCUUGUUCUCCUCCACCCCCCAUUGAUUCCUGUUGUCAACUCUCAUGUUAAUAGGUGUGUUUGUUCAGAGCUACUUUGCCAUGUUGAUUAUGUAGCAUUUUUUGAACUGUAUUUUAACAUUAUGGGAUAGAGCUUUCUGGCAGGAAGAGGCAAUAUUUCCACGUUUUGCAACCAGCAGUUCAAACCACUGUGUACCCUCCUGCAUUCUAACAGAUGAGCAGCGAGCUAGGCUUAACUGUCUCCCAAUUGCAGUUAAAAGACACAGGUGGUGGGGGGGCAUAAUCUUCCAUCACUCCCUGUUCUCAAAACCAGUUAUUGUUACCAGUUUGGAAAUGGAUUGGCAAAACGGAAGGUAUGGCUUUUUACUGUCCACCGAAGAAAUUAUGAAAGGUCUGAACUCUUCUCCUCCUCUGUUUGCACCCCCCACCCCAUGCUUUAAUUUCCACCGAUCCUUUGAGACUGAACCCUUCAUUUGUGUUAGAGUCUGCUUCAUUUCCUGAAACAUUGACUUUGCAAGGAAUGGGGAACGCUUGGGUAGCAAUAUUCUCAUCCUUGCAGGUGGAAAUAGAAAAGGAUCUAGCACUAGUUUCAUUACAACCCCCCCCCCAAAACACUGACCUAGUUGCUUUUGUCUUGUUUGUCUGUUCUGUUUUUUAAUUUUUCCCUUUCAGUUCCUCGUUGUAACUGCUGUUGUGACCCAGCUGUUUCCGGAGCAGCCAGCAAUGGCGCGGAAAAGGGGCCGUAGAUUGUAAGGAACAAUCUGAAUUUCUGUGGGAAAGACCCAGCAUUGCAGCGCCAGGGGGGUGGAGCUAGAAAUGAUAGAAUUGUUUGGAUGAUCAGUGCGUGGGGUGGGGUGGUAUUGCUCUAAUAUAAGGACAAAAAGUUACUAUGAAUGUUGGAAAAAUUAGUGAUACUUGUCACAUUUUGUAGCACAGAAGCAGAUUUGCAGGCUGCAGUGUUGAAUGGGGUUGCACUUCUGUAAUCAACCUGGCAGUGGUAAUUCUGAGGGCAGCAAUUUGCAGGCGCUGCCCAUGACGUGUUAGUCAUUUUGGCUACUGCUGAGUUUCGGAGCAGAGAGAGGAUCAUUUUAAAACUUGGCAAUUGGCUUGUUUUUUUGGUGGGGAUCACUGGGAUUUAACUUUUGGGUCAAAUUUAGGCUUCGUUUACUCAUUUGUACGUCACUUAGCAGCCUGUUGAAUUGUCAGGAAACUGCUUUAGUUGCUAUCUUCGUGUUUCAGCCCCUGCCACGACUCAGGCUUGUUUGGCUGUAAAAAGCCUCAAGCAGACACUUCAAAUGACUCCGUCUUGCUUUUUAGCUUUCCCCUCUGCGUUUACACUAACCUGAAGAUGAACGGCAGCCGGGUUGCCCUUUAAUGUAGCAAAUGGCAUACGGAUACCCAGUGAUCGGAUGUACUGAGCCCCUAGUAUCAGCUUUGCUGCAAGUGGCAGGGGAAAUGGUGUCCCUGUAUACAAGUUACCCAACCAGUUGGGUGACUUCUGCAGAUUGUUGCCACAUAAUCUGGAUGGGAUCCUUUGGAAUGUAGUUUUCAUUUAACAUACUCAUGGAGAGUAGGUUUGAAUAGCUAAAAGGGGAUGGGCUGCUUGACGGCAAGAGGAGAGGGACAAAAAUAAGAUCCUAAUAGGCCAUAGGAAUGGCCUCUCCUUGAGCAGAAGUGAACACCCUUUCUGACAGCUGCUGCUGGCUACACAGACUGUAUGUGAACCUUUCAAUGUGUGGGGAUUUUUUAUUUUCCUAUUCAGUAAGGAUGGGCCAAGCUCAGAAAUAAAAUAUACAACCAGAACUUGAUUUCUAAUAAAAUGUCCUUUUUAAAAAAACAGAAAA